CACUGCAGGAGUGAUUCCUGAGUUUAGAGCCAGGAAUAAACCCUGAGCACUGCUAGGUGUGGCUCAAAAACAAAAAUAAAGAAACAAAGGUACAAAGUCAUUCAUGGGUACCUGAGAUCCUACCCUACCCCCUUACAGGUUUCCUAAUCCCCUCAAAGACAUUCAUGGAUGAUGAGAGGAGUCAACAUUCUCCCUCCGUGACCACCUUCUGUCCAGCCAUGGAGGAAGCCUUGCUGCCCCUGGCCAUGACCUCUGACCCCAGGCCUUUCAAUCAGCAACUUCCAGAGCCUCCAGAUCCAAGAUGUGUUUUGGAACCCCAGGACAACACUGAACUGGCACCUGCCCUGGUGUGUGCUCUUUGCUGCUGCUUUGGAAUCAUCUACUGCUGCUUCGGCUACCGCUGCUUCAAGGCAGUGAUGUUUCUUUCCGGCCUGCUGUCUGGAGCUCUGGUGAUCUUCCUGCUGUGCCACAAGGAGCAAGUGCUAGAGACACAACUGAACCUGGAGGUGAGCGCAGGCAUUGCGCUGGGCAUCGGACUCCUCUGCGGCCUGGUCACCAUGCUGGUUCGCAGUGUUGGGCUUUUCCUGACUGGUCUCCUGCUAGGCCUAACACUGGGCUCCGGCGCCCUGCUUGGCACAGAGCCUAUCUACCAGCCUCCUUCAGCCUGGGUACCGGUUGGCGGGCUAGUGGGAUUGGCACUGCUGGGAGCUCUCCUCACGCUUCGGUGGCCACGUCCAUUCACCGUUCUGGGCACAGCUCUGCUAGGGGCUGCAGUGCUGGUGGCCUGUGCUGACUACUUCCUGGAGGGACUGGCCCUGGGCAGUCGGCUAGGCCUACGCUUACAGGCACUCCCAGCCUUGCCUCCUCUCUGCUGGUAUAGCUGGGUCUUGCUGGGUACCUGGCCAGCCCUAGGGGCCCUGGGGGCCCUAGCGCAAUGGAAGCUCAUGGAUGAGGAACAUGGAGGUCACGCCAAUGUGGUUUUAAGCCACCAGCGAAGGCAUCUCCAACUCCUCCGAAUGCGUCAGCAAAAGGCUAAGUGGCACCGAACACCCCCUGGGGUGGGGCUGUAUGAGGGCAGCUACCGACAUCAGCUCUCUCCCAGCACCCGGAGCCCUGCUGAUGGUCUGGCUCCGAGUUAUCUCCAGAGCCUUCGAGAACGGCAACGUGGACUAGGCCCGCUGACUACAGCCCCACAUACCAUCGUGGACCUGGAUUCUGACUGUGGUUCUACUGUACCCCUCACCACCCCUUUGGGUUCCACCCAAACCUGAACCUAUAUCCCCAUCAAGGCUCCAUUUUGAACAAAGGCCAGGAAUUUAGAGGGACAGGGCCUGUGUCCACAGUACCUACACAUGAAUCUGCCAUGUCUUGGACUUGGGAUAGGAUUUGUGUGUCAGGGAUGGAGAGUUAGCACAGGAGCUAAGGCACUUGCAUGCAGCUGCAUAAAUUGACCCUGGUUCAAAUCCCCAGGAACAUAUAUGGUCCCCUGAAUACUAUCAGGGAUCACUCCUGAAUACAGAGCCAGAAAUAGUUUCUGAGCACCUCCAGGUAUGUCCCAAAAAACAACAAAAGAAAAAUAAUUUGUGUGUCUGCCAAGACCAACGUUAUAGGGAUAUGUUUCUAAGUCAGAUAGAAAGGAAGCUGGUGGGGCCGGAGAGAUAGCAUGGAGGUAAGGCAUUUGCCUUGCACGCAGAGGGCCGGUGAAUCAAAUCCUGGCAUCUCAUAUGGUCCCCUGAGCUUGCCAGG